UUUAAGUACGGUACUUUUGAAUCAAACCUUUUACAACUCUUACUUUUCAAACAUUUAUUUCGGUAUUUUGUAUGACUUGUGCAAUAUAUUUGAAUUGAACCGUUUGGGUCGUUACACCCCCACCUGCUUCCAUUUUUCAGAGCAGUGGAUUACAAUACCAUGAAAUACACUUUUUCGGACUCAUUUAAAACAUGGUGGCGUCAAUAUUUUUGGGAUUGUUAUUUUAGUUUAUGAAUAAACACGUUCCACCAAGACGGCAGUUUUCGAUUUCGUGAGGUCGAAGAUGGAUAUUCAACAAAGCGGCAGAUUCGCUCGGACGCGACAUGAGAACGAUGUUGAUCACAUGGGAUUACAAAGGCCAAUUAAACAAGUUGAUACGAACCCCCAAAAUGUGACCCAGUAACAAAGGCGAAAGCUGAAGGGGGGGGGUGUCUGGGAAAGGUUCCCCGUUUUCCCGCUUUGUGUGUCGAAUGUGCGGACGGGCGCCCAAGACGACGGCGUUGUUGGAGCAAUGGCGGCCCCCUUUGUGAUUCGGCCCAACUGACCGAAUCGUUCGUUUCUCCCCGACUUUUUCUUUUUGGAUUUCUUUUCCGCACGCAAUGCGACGCCCGCGAGAGUACAUUGUUUCCUGAAACAACCGCGCGCUCGCCUCAAACGCCGUCUCCUGGGACCUGGGAAACACUCGGCGUCGAUGCGUGAGCCUCGAAAGGCUGGGUGCGAUGCGAUGGAAGGAAUGUAAGCCCGAGCAGCGUCCGAGCCGGCCGCGGCCGCCGUUGGCGUGAUGGGGCUGGACUUUGACGUCAAGACCUUCUGCCACAACCUGCGGGCCAGCAAGCCGCCUUACGAGUGUCCCGUGGAGAGCUGCCGGAAGGUCUACAAGAGCUACAGCGGCAUCGAGUACCACCUGUACCACUAUGAUCACGACAACCCGCCGCCCGCGCAGGCCGCGCCCCACAAGAAGCGCAAAGGGCGGCCGCCUCGCGCGCCGCUCGCCGGCUCGCUGGAUCUGGACGACGGCGACCUCGAGCAAGGGGCGGGGCCGGGGCACGGCGGGAGCUCGCCCCGCAGCCCCGGUCGCUCGGAGCCUUCGCGGUCCCCCGGCAGGGACGCCAUGACCUACGCCCAGGCGCAGCGCAUGGUGGAGCUGGAAAUCCAAGGGCGCGUUCACCGCAUCAGCAUCUUCGAGAACAUCGACGUCGUGUCGGAGGAGGACAGCGACGGCGAAGACGACCCGCCGUCCGUCCCGGGCGUCCACUCGGCGGGGGUGUGCAACGGGAGCGACGGCGGAGGCGGCGAGGCCGGGGGCGCCGGCAACGAGCGGCCCGACGUUCCGUCCUCCAACGGGGGCAAAGCCACGCCCAAGUCUGGCAAGCAUAAAAGCAAAGAAAAGAAGAAGGAGGGCUCGGCCUAUCACCACGGCGCCCAGUCGGGCCCCGCCGUCAAGCUGCCGGAGGCCGUCUUCCGCGAACUGGACCAAGACAGGCCCGACGCGCCCCCGCGCCCGUCCUCUUACUACAGGUACAUGGACAAGUCCGUGGAGGAGCUGGACGAGGAGGUGGAGUACGACAUCGACGAGGAGGACUACAUCUGGCUGGACAUCAUGAACGACAAGCGGCGGAUGGACGGCGUCACGCCCAUUCCUCAGGAGGUCUUCGAGUACCUCAUGGACCGUCUCGAGAAGGAGUCCUACUUUGAAAGCCACAACAAGGCGGACCCGAGCACCCUGAUCGACGAGGACGCCGUCUGCUGCAUUUGCAACGACGGCGAUUGUCAGAACAGCAACGUGAUCCUCUUCUGCGACAUGUGCAACCUGGCCGUCCACCAGGAGUGCUACGGCGUGCCGUACAUCCCGGAGGGCCAGUGGUUGUGUCGUCGCUGCCUGCAGUCGCCCAGUCGAGCGGUGGACUGCGCCCUGUGCCCCAACAAGGGAGGAGCCUUCAAACAGACGGACGACGCGCGCUGGGCUCACGUGGUGUGCGCCCUCUGGAUCCCGGAGGUGUGCUUCGCAAACACCGUCUUCCUGGAGCCCAUCGACAGCAUCGAGCACAUCCCCCCCGCGCGCUGGAAGCUGACCUGCUACAUCUGCAAGCAGCGGGGCUCCGGCGCCUGCAUUCAGUGCCACAAAGCCAACUGUUACACCGCCUUCCACGUCACCUGCGCGCAGCAAGCGGGCCUCUACAUGAAAAUGGAGCCCGUCCGAGAGACGGGGGCCAACGGAACCUCUUUCAGCGUCCGCAAGACGGCCUACUGCGACAUCCACACGCCUCCCGGAUCGGCCCGGCCCGCGGGGGGGCCGGGCGGCGCCAGCGCGGGCUCCUCGCAGAGCGAAGGCGAACCGGAGGACGACGACGAGCCCGCCGCGGGCCACGACGACGACUCCAGGGGCUGGAGCUCGGAGCGGGCCAAGCGGGCCAAGGCCAAGUCUCGGCUGAAGAUGAAGAGAGCCAGGAAGAUCUUGGCCGAGAGACGAGCGGCCGCUCCCGUGGUGUCCGUCCCCUGCAUACCCCCUCACAGGCUGAGCAAAAUCACCAGCAACUUAACGGUACCCAGGAAGAGCCAGUUCAUGCAACGGCUUCACAGCUACUGGACCCUGAAGAGGCAAAGCCGCAACGGCGUCCCGCUGCUGCGACGCCUUCAAACGCACCUGCAGUCCCAACGGCACCCGGAGCCCGUCCCGCCGCAGCCGUCGGCCCAACUUCCCGCGAGGGACUGCGAGGAGAAACAAACGGUUCUGAAGGAGCAACUGAAGGCGUGGCAGCGACUGCGACACGACUUGGAGAGAGCCCGGCUGCUCGUGGAACUCAUCCGCAAGAGAGAAAAACUCAAGAGGGAGACGAUUAAAAUGCAGCAGAUGGCGCUGGAGAUGCAACUGACUCCCCUCCUGGUGCUGCUGAGGAGCACGCUGGACCAGUUGCAGGAGAGAGACACCAACAACUUCUUCACCGAGCCCGUUCCUCUCGCGGAGGUGCCGGACUACCUGGACCAUAUUGACACGCCCAUGGACUUCCAGACCAUGUGGAACCUUCUGGAAUCCCACCGCUAUCUGACUUUUGAGGCGUUCGAGGGCGACUUUGGUCUGAUUGUCAACAACUGCCUCAAGUACAACGCCAAGGACACGGUGUUCUACCGGGCCGCCCUGCGCCUCCGAGAGAUGGGCGGGGUGGUCAUCAGGAGCGCCAGGCGGCAAGCGGACAGGAUCGGCUUCGACUACGAGACCGGCAUGCACCUGCCCCGGGAGGCCAGUCCCGACACCCGACGGGCGCUGGAGAGGGAGAGGGAGAGGGAGCGCCAGCGGGAGCGGGAACGCGAGCGAGAGCGAGAACGAGACUGGCCGCUGUCGUCCAAUGAAGACGAGCUCCUGGUGCCGGAGAACAGGCGGCGGUUGCCUCUGGAGGAGCAGCUGCACUACGUGCAGGCGCGUCUGGAGGAGGCCAACUCGGGGAAGCACAGCAUCGGCCAGUCCCGCCGAGCCAAAGCUCUCCGCAAGGAGCUCAGCAUCAUCAAGAGGAAACUGGCGCACCAGCGAGAAGGCGCCCUGGGCGGGGCCCGGGAUUCUCUCGGGGGAGGGCCCGGCGCCGAUCGAGGUUCGCUCCCGCAUCGCCCCUCGUCGGCGGGCCACCACGACGAAGGCGAAGAGAGCAGCAGUCAAGAGCUGGGCGGCAAGGAUCUGAGCGUGUCGUCGUCCGCCUUGGCUCCGGAGGUGGGCCGCCGGACGUCCGUUCUCUUCUCCAAGAAGAAUCCCAAAAUGGCCGGCCCUCCCAAAAGACCCGGACGCCCCCCGAAAAACCGGGAUCCGGGCUACGUGGCCGCAGGGGUCGCCCCCAGCCCCAUCGGGCCCCCUCAGUUGCCCAUGCUGUCGCCGGGCAGGCAAAGGAAGCGUCCCCGCAGCCCCCGCACCAGCUCCACCUCCGACAGCGACAGCGACAAUGACGAUCUGCUGCCGGGUCUGCCGAGCAACGGAUUCGAUGGGGGGAACCAGCCCGUGACGGAGAGCUUCCGCGUGUACCGAAACGACACGCGUCUUCCGCGCUCCAGCUCCGACUCCGAGUCCACCAGCAGCAGCAGCAGCAGCGCCGCCUCGGACCGGACCAGCACGACGCCGUCGAAGCAGGGCCGCGGAAAGGCGUCCUUCUCGCGCUCCGCCUUCCAGGAGGACAGCAGCGAGGAGACCUCCGGCACGGAAAACGAGUCGUACUCGGUCGGAGGCUCCCGGGGAGUUUCGCACCUCGUGCGCGGGCGGGCGCGGGCGGGAUGCUGGAUGACGUCGGACGACUACGCGUCGUUGGAGGCGCUGGACUUGGUGUGGGCCAAGUGCCGAGGCUACCCUUCGUAUCCCGCCUUGAUCAUCGACCCCAAAAUGCCCCGGGAGGGCGUGUUCCACCGCGGCGUCCCCAUCCCCGUGCCCCCGCUGGACGUUCUCAAACUCGGGGAGCAAAUGACCCAGGAAGCCCGCGAGCACCUCUUCCUGGUCCUCUUCUUCGACAACAAGAGAACCUGGCAGUGGCUGCCGCGCUCCAAGCUGGUGCCGCUGGGCGUGGACCAGGUGUUGGACAAGGAGAAGAUGCUGGAGGGCCGCAAGUCCAACAUCCGCAAGUCGGUGCAGGUGGCCUACCACCGGGCCAUGCAGCACCGCAGCAAAGUGCAAGGAGACCCCAGCAGCGAGACCAGCGACAGCGACUGAAAGCGCCGGCGGGCCCGGUGGGGGCUUCUCACCGCAAUGGCCCGCGUCAUCUUGAAAUCUGCAAGCUGGCCUCGGUCGCGCGCCUUGGAAACAGCCCGCCACGGUCGUCCUCUUUUUCUUUUCUUUUUUAAUUUAAUCGGACAUGUGAAAUGUAAUUAAAAGCACGAGCCGAAAGGUGUACAAAGAGGAGGCCAGAAAAGUGGCCGCGCGGCGCACGAGAAAAGCCGCCUUCAACCAAGCACGUCCGCGUUCGGACACCAAACAAACCAGAAACUAAUUCCGCCUAAUUUAUUAAGCGCGGGGUUCUUAGCGACCCCCUGCCGACACUCUGCGGUCUUUUUAAAAUUUCAUCUUCACAAUCAUGAUGUCACCAGUAAUCCCGACACUUCCUGUUUGGAAGCUUUUGUAAUGCCGCGCAGGUCGGCGACCCAAGUGAGGCGGGAACACGACGGCCUCACUGAUGCUUUGUCCCAAGAUGAGCGCUUUACAAGUUUUAUAUCCAUGCAGCUGCCAGAGGUUUUUAGUAAAUAAAAAAAAAAACCACAAUGGAAAUGUG